UCGAGGUCUACAGGAAGUUCCCCGUAUUAAACAUCCAGUCCGGUGUUCGGUGUGGAUCUGCUCUGCUGCUAUGGGACAGCGGUACCAAUCUGGUUGAAAGGUUGAAUGACUACAGGAAGAACUACAUCGGGGACAUGUCGGACUCGAAAGGACAAGCGAUGAGGAAAGCCGGCUGUUUUAUCGCUCUCUUUGUCCUCGUUGUGUUUGUCUGCUCUGUCAGCCCGCGUUCUGUCAGAGAGGAUCCUCAGGGCAGUGAAGCGGAGGAACCGGAGAACUAUAACACUUAUUAUAAUUAUAUCGAGCUCACUCACCGUCUGAAGUCCCUGGCCCGAAGAUAUCCUCACAUCGCCAAUUUGACCAGCAUCGGGCUCUCGGUGGAGGGCAGGGAUCUGUGGGUGAUGCGGAUCACCAAGGAGCCUUUAACCGACAUGCCGGGCAAACCCAAAUUCAAAUACGUGGGCAACAUGCACGGGGAUGAGACGAUCUCACGCCAGGUGUUGGUUUAUCUCAUCGAGUAUCUCCUGAGCAUGUACGGAGACGAUCAGCGGGUCACGGAGCUCGUCAACAACACCGACAUUUACAUCAUGCCGAGCAUGAACCCUGACGGCUUCGAGAAGUCGGAGAUGGGGAAAUGUGGUGGAACUGCCGAGGGCAGAAAUAACGCCAAAAACAUGGAUCUGAACCGGAACUUUCCUGACCAGUUCACUCAGAUACAAACGAAUGAAGAUAAUAUCCCCGAAAACACUGCUGUUAUGAAGUGGAUCCUUGCUAACAAGUUUGUUUUGUCUGGAAAUUUGCAUGGUGGAACAGUAGUGGCCAGUUACCCAUUUGAUGACUCAGCCUGGCACACUGCCACUGGCACCUACAGCAGCUCCCCUGACGAUGCCCUCUUUCGCUAUCUAGCACGGGUUUACGCCAAGAAUCACCCAAUCAUGAAGACAGGAGAGCCCAAGUGUGCCGACGACCCACAUGAGACGUUCAAGGACGGCAUCACUAAUGGAGCCCAGUGGUAUGAUGUUACAGGAGGAAUGCAGGACUACAAUUAUUUAAAAGGGAACUGCCUGGAAAUCACCAUGGAGCUGAGUUGCUGCAAGUAUCCCUUUGCUUCAGUACUAGCUACAGAAUGGGAGAACAAUCGAGAGUCUCUGCUGGCAUACAUGGAGCAGGUUCACAUUGGUGCACGAGGUUUUGUCCGAGAAGCAAGAACCGGCGCUCCUCUCUCUGAUGCAGUCAUCCAAGUAGCCGGCAUUAACCACCAAAUAGCCUCCGGUCACUUCGGUGACUAUUACAGACUGCUGCUUCCAGGAAGCUACAAUAUUACAGCUGUAGCCUCUGGGUGUGUUCCAAUGACCAUGUCUGGUGUGCAAGUAAUGGAAGGCAAAGCUACAGAACUCAACUUCACACUCGAAUGUCUAAAUGAUGAGAGCAUCAGUCACACAACCAAUUUCUCUACUACACCAUCUACCCCACUGAUAACCAAUAGCAGCACCAGUCAUACCAGCCCCAGCAUGCCCAGUGAAAUUGGCGUGACUUCAACCAGCUCUGCGCCAACAGCAAGCCUGCAGCAGCCUCAGGAGUUCAGGCAUCACCAAAACAGCGACAUGGAGUUCUUCCUGCAGAGGUUCAGCACUAAAUAUCCCUCUAUCACACGUCUCUACUCCAUCGGGAAGUCCGUUCAGGGUCGCUUGCUUUGGGUCUUGGAGAUCUCUGAUAACCCAGGCAAACAUGAGCAAGGUGAACCCGAGUUUAAGUAUAUUGCUAACAUGCAUGGCAACGAGGUGGUGGGGCGGGAGCUGCUUUUAAACCUGAUCGAGUACCUCUGCAGUAACUACGGCAGCGACCCCGAGGUCACGCAGCUUGUCAACAACACCCGCAUCCACAUCAUGCCCUCUAUGAAUCCAGAUGGCUAUGAAGUUGCAGUAGAGGGAGACAUCGGUGGCUACCAAGGGCGUAAUAACAGCAACAACUACGACCUAAACCGCAAUUUUCCUGAUCAGUUCCAAACCAUUACUGAUCCCAGACAACCAGAGACUAUAGCAGUGAUGAACUGGGCUAAAAGCUACCCAUUUGUACUGUCAGCUAACCUCCAUGGAGGAUCCCUGGUGGUAAAUUACCCUUAUGAUGAUGAUGCAGAGGGCAUCGGUAGAUACAGCAAAUCUCCUGACGAUGCCACUUUUAAAAUGGUCGCCCUUGCUUACUCGCGGGAAAAUCCGCUCAUGUAUAAAGGGCACCCUUGUAAAGAUGUUAAAGAAUACCCAGAUGAGUACUUCAAGGACGGUAUUACUAACGGAGCUGCUUGGUACAAUGUACCAGGUGGUAUGCAGGACUGGAACUAUCUUAACACUAACUGCUUUGAGGUGACUAUAGAGCUGGGCUGUGUGAAGUAUCCUCCAGCAGAGGACCUGCCACAUUAUUGGGAGCACAACCGGAGAUCUCUACUGCAGUUUAUUCACCAGGUCCACAGAGGAGUGAAGGGGAUGGUGACUGACAGUAAGGAUGGGACCGGUAUCCCCAAUGCCACAAUUACUGUUGAAGGCAUCGAUCAUCCCAUCUCCACCAACAAAGCUGGAGAUUACUGGCGUCUGCUUGUACCGGGAACAUACCACCUGACUGCUUCUGCCCAAGGCUAUAAAUCUGUUGUCACUUAUGCCACCGUGCCUGAGGGUGAUGCUGAGAUUGUCGACUUUAAGCUGACUCGUAUACGGAGUGACACAGGCAUCCCUGCUGCCCCUUCAGACUCAAGUGAGGAGGAGUUUCAGAGCUUCAUCAAGCAGCUCUCAGUGGGACCUGGACUGGACCAACUUAUCCAGAACACAGCCACUACCAGCAGCUUCCGUUAUCGUGGAUACAAAGAGACGUCCGAGUUCCUGCGAAGCCUAAACCUCAACUUUCCCAAAAUCACCUCUUUACGCAGUCUUGGUCAGAGUUCGGAGUUCAGGACCAUUUGGGCACUGGAGAUCUCCAACUCUCCUGAAGUGAUCGAGCCAUCGAAGCCCAAGAUCCGAUUUGUGGCUGGCAUUCAUGGCAAUGCUCCAGUGGGCACAGAGCUGCUGCUGGAGUUUGCUGCUUAUCUGUGCAUCCACUACGGAAAGAAUGCUGCUCUUACUAGGUUAAUCAACGAGACAAGAAUUGUGCUACUUCCUUCCAUAAACCCAGAUGGCCGUGAGCUUGCUAAAGAAAAGGAGUGCACCUCCACUGUGGGCAUGACCAACGCAAAUAGCAAAGACCUCGACACUGAUUUCUUUGGUAAUGCAUCCCAGCGUGCCACAGAAGCUCAGCCUGAGACGCGUGCUGUGAUGGACCUGAUACAGGAGAAGGGCUUCACUCUGUCAGUGGCGCUGGAUGGGGGUUCUGUUUUGGUUACUUACCCCUACGAUAAACCAGUUCAACCAGUCGAAAAUGAGAGUACCUUGAAGUAUCUGGCUACCGUGUAUGCCAGCAACCAUCCCACAAUGCAUUUAGGAGACACCGGAUGCCAAGACGAUGGCCAGAUGGGAAACAUCCCUGACGGAGUGUUGCGGGCAGCAGAGAAACACAGUCACAUGGGCAGCAUGAAGGACUUCAGUGUAGACUUUGGUCACUGUCCUGAGAUUACAGUGUACACCAGCUGCUGCCUGUUCCCCCCAGUUGAUCAGCUGCCCACCCUUUGGGCUGAGAACAGGAAGUCUUUGCUCAGCAUGCUGGUAGAGGUCCAUAAAGGAGUUCGUGGAAUUGCAAAGGACAAAAGUGGCAAGCCCAUAGUGGGGGCAAUGAUCGUGCUGAACGGUGGCGUGCGAGUGUUCACUGGCGAGGGAGGAUUCUUCCAUGCGCUGUUGGCGCCAGGAUCACACAGCAUCGAAGCAGUAGCGGAGGGAUAUCAACAACAGCGGCAAAAGGUGAUUGUCUCAUCAUAUGAGGCAGCGAGCUCCAUCAUUUUCGAGUUUGAUAUGGAUAACCGCAUCUUUGGUUUACCACGAGAGUUAGUGGUGGCAUCUGCAGCUGCAGCUAUGACCGCUCUGGCCAUCACCGCCUUCAUUAUCUGGUGUGUGUGUUCUGCAAAGUCCAACAGACAGAAGGACGGAUUCCACCGUCUUCGCCAGCACCGGGACGACUACGAGGACGAGAUCCGGCUCACAUCUAUGGGCUCCAAGAAGUCCCUGCUGAGCCAUGAGUUCCAGGAUGAAAGCGAAAGCGAUGAAGACACACUGUAUGCCAACAAGCUCUGAUACUUAAUGCUCACACCCUACUUUACCAUCCUGUUGGUGUCGCUAAGAGAUCCAGAAGACCAGGGUUUAACUGGUUUCUCUCCAAACCAGCAGGGGGUGCUCAACUCACAGGCCUUUCUGCACAGACUGCCAUGAAAUCCAUCCCAGGAUGCACUUUACUGGCCUAGUGAGAUCAGACUGUUAAUGUAUGCAACCUUACAAUCUGCUCUCAACCAACAUGCUAUUUAUUUGAGGCUAAAUUAUACUUGUUUAAAGUGUGGAAAUAUUCUACACGUCUUUUACAAUCAGUACAUCGCAAACUCACAACAUCAGCAGCCCACAAACUCAGCAGGAUUACUAAACACAGUGCCUUGUUUGAUUAGUCUAAGCCAUUGCUGCCUGUUGGCUAUUGCUGGGGUGCGAGGAUCAGCAUAAUGUGUGUAAGUUCAGUUCUCCUUUUGGAAGCGCUCUGAAUUUGGGUUGUAAUCAGGAGACUCAUUAUUAUUGCUUUGAAAUUCAUUGUCCCACACAGUAUGUGACAAUAUUUACAGUCUUUUCAGCUGAAGUUCUUUCUUAUGAUUUUAAUACUGAGAUCAAUUAUGGGUAAAUAUGAGCCUCAAAACCUCAAUGUUGAAAUACUUUAAAAAUAUAUAUAUAAUUACUGAAAUGUGGGGGGGAAAUGGAUUUAUUUCUAGUGUUUUUUUACUGGACAGUGCAUUACGGUAACUAAUUUGAGACAUUACAUUUUAUCAUGGUUUUCAUUUAUAAGGCUACUGUAACAGAAUACUUAUUUUCUUUCCAGAGUAACAAGUGAAUCAUGUGGGUCAUGUUUAAAGUCGUCUAGACCGGUGUUUGGUCAAACAGCCCAAAAACCUUCAGCAGAUUUAUUUUAUUGAUACACGUAUGUUGAUGAAGUCUUGUAACAUUGUAUUCGGUCCACUAUGUGUAUAGAAUAAAAGAUAUCCUGAAGUGUUUUAUUCCGUUUUAUACCAGCCACCAAUUUGGCAAAAAAAAAAAAAAAAUCAUGCAAUUGUUACUUUAUUAACAAUGGACACGUGUGUUUUAACUGUUUGUUGUUCCACUUGAUAUUGUGGAACAUCCAAAACAUACUUUAUAACUAAUCUUCCUGGUAUGAUUUCAUUACAGCAGCUAUAAACAGUUGCUUCACCAGCCUCCCUUUUGUAUCUUUUCCUCUCUUGAUAUUAGGACAAAUCAAAACACAGUCUGGGUAAACUUAUCUAUCCUGAAGACUUUCCUGUGUUGGAGACUGUUGAAUUUGACAGAAAACUACUCCAUAUCAAUGACUAUAGAUUUUGUUGUUGAGUAAAAACACAUUUUUACAAAUUUCUUUUUAUUAUUGUUAGUAGUAGUAGUAGAAAUAGUAGUAGUAGUUGUAUUAGGCUUAGAUUAUUCAGAUCAUCUGCCAUCCAAGCCCUUGUGAAUGAUUAUUCAAGAAAAAGUACCACAUCACAUCAUUAACAUUUAUUAACACAGAUUUUCAGAGCUGUUGUACAGAAAACAAAUUUUCUGACGAGUCAAAUCCGAGCACUCUGCUAUAAGCCGAACAGACCUUCAUUUCAGUUUCAUUUUUGUCACACUUACCAUUCUUUCUGUUUUUACUAAACUAGACUGUUGGGACCAUUAAAUCAUACAGACUUACAAAUUGCUGUCUCGUGCCCAAAACCAGCCCACUGAGCUACGAACCAAACCCACAUUCACGCAAAAUCAAUUAUAUGGCUGUUUUUCCCUCUCAUGGCAAAGAGAAUCAGUUUGUAAAUAUUGUGUAGCAUUUUGUGCACUAAAUCCUAUAAUCUACUACUCAUGCACUGCACUUUCACACAAAAAGAGUUUUUCAAGAAUUCCUAGUUACUUUAUCAAGCUCUACUUGAACAAUCUCUGUUCUUAAUCUAGAAGAGUGAAACACACUAAUCCUCACAAGCUACAGAGAAGUGCUCCUGCUUUAACAGUGUACUGUUAUGGAAAUUACUAACCACAUUGUCCAGUGGAAAAACACUAUUAAUUAAUGAUAAGUUUGCUGAAUGUAAUUUCAUAUUGUAGCAUAAUAUUCAGUAUCAGCAUAGUAAACAUUUGGCUUGCCAAGUCAUUUUUAUUCCCCCACAUAGAGUAGAACAUGGAUAUGUGUAUAUAGAUGCACUUAAUAAUAUAUAAACCUUAUCUGAAAGGGUUGAUCUAGCCAUAGCCAAUUAGUGUUCUCAGAUAAUCCAGAUGUUUUGAGAAAUAAAUGAGGAUAUAAACAUUUUCACGUUUCAAAUACGACCGACAUAACCUUCGUUUCUUUGUUCUGAUUUGUCCUACUUUUAGAUUCAGUAUGCAUUUUUUGCUCGCGUUUGUGUAUAAAUGUAACUUAAUGUAACAUUUAAGCAAUUUAUAGACACCGUGAAUUAGUAGUUGGUUGUUCAUGAAACUAAAAGUUCACUUUUUUAUCCAUGUAAAGUGGUUUUGCUACUGUAUAUCACUUACUGCCAGGUAUCCAGUGAUUAUAAAAUACCAUUUAAAAUAAAUCCACACUUUUUACUGAUUUUUAAAGCACAGGCAAAGGGAUUGACAUUAGCUAUGUAAUCUGGGUAACCUUUUUCCUUGAACUGCCUUCAUUCUUUACAUAUUUCUAGUGUUUAUUAAGAAAUAUCUAAAGGUAGCUCAAGUUUACUUUUUUGUCAUUUAGUGUUUUGCUUGCAUUAAUCUUCUGGUCUUAAAAACUUAAUGCAUUAAAUUGCAUGCUGGAAUUAACUUAUAUAUAUAUAUAAAGUUAAGACCAGUGUAUUCUGAUGAAAACAGACAUGUGGCUCCAUCGUGCAUUUAUCACCAAAUAUGAGGUUACUUUUUUUUAUUAACUGUAAACAAAAAAUUGAUUGCUUGAUGCUGAUGCUUGAGUGUAUCUGAACAAUAUGUAUGGGUUUUGGAUGUAUUGGUUGUGCAGUUGUAUAUUUCUUUUCCAUUUUGAUACAAAAAUGAUUGUAGAUAAUUUCUGUUUGUGUAAAUGAGCAAAGCCACUUGAAUGCUUCAGAGUUACACCUGUAUAUCCUGCUGAACCUUUAUGUAUGAUGUUUGAAUGUAAGGCAGAUUGAAUAAAUGGACUAAGCCAGGAAAAAA